AUGUCUCGUCAUCCCCUCACACCUUCCAGCACAGCCCGGUCAGAAAACCUAGAGCCCACGGCGACCCCCAUCACCGACUCCAAAUCCUACCGCUCCUUCGCCGGCGGCAUCACCCCCGCUGCUGCCGCCCACGCCCACGGCAUAGACCAAUCCACUUCGUCGUCGUCGUCCUACCCGUACCCCAGCUUCAGCACGCCCGGCCUCUUUUCCGCCACCCCGCUCCGCCAACUCCACGACCACAACCUCUCGGACUCGGGUGCACCCUACGGCUACCACGCCCUCUCCCCCAUCGGGUCCGGCAUCAGCCCCGCGAAACCCCUCGACAGCUUUGCCGCAAGCAGCGACGAAGCCGUCCCCGCCUCCGACUCCGCACCCACAGCCGCUGCCGCCGCGGCCAAGCCCUCUGUCGCUGCGAUGCCCCUUAUGACCAGCGCUCCGGCGCCCUCGGCCGCUUCCGAGAGCCUGCAGCGUGUCACCGGGCAGGCUGCAGGCGCAGCCCCCUCUGCUUCCAACCCGCCGCCUGCCGCCGCUCCGGACCCGCCGAAGCCGACGACUGCCAAGAGCAAGGCUGCCAUGAGCCACGCCGAGGCCAACGCGGCGCUCCAGAAUUCGGGCGGAGCGGUGCCCACCGUCUACCUCGCCACCUAUUCCAACGUCCCCGUCUACGAAGUCACUGUGCGCGGCAUCGCCGUGAUGCGCAGGCGCAACGACGGCUGGCUCAACGCCACCUCCAUCCUCAAGAUUGCCGGCAUCGAAAAGACCAAGCGGACAAAGAUUCUCGAGAAGAACAUCCUCACUGGCGAGCACGAAAAGAUUCAGGGCGGCUACGGCAAAUUCCAGGGUACUUGGAUCCCGCUGCAGCGAGCCCAGCAGCUUGCCGCCGAGCACAAUGUCGCCCACAUCCUCAAGCCGAUCCUCGAGUUUGACCCCGCCAAUGCCGACCAGCUGCCCAAGCUUUACCAGCGGAGGAAGCCGCAGCCGGCGGCGAGGAACACGUCGACGUCGGCCAUCCACGACGGGCGGACGUCGGCCACACCGAGCAGCACAAAGACCUACUCGCCCGCGCCGUCCGUCGGCCCGACUGCCGGUCCCAGCCAGCAGCCGCGCUUCUUGUCGCUCCGCCCGCCGCCGCCCGAGGCCGACAGCCGGUCCAUGUCGCCCGCCGUCUUCCUCCCGCCCGGCGGCGGAGGCCUGCUCAAUGCUACCACGUCCGUCAUGAGCCCGGCGGCGCCGCUGGCGAUCCCGCCCGGCUCGAGCCAGGCUGAGCAGGACGCUCUCCGCGGCUAUUCGCAGUACGGCUACGUACCUCAGGGUGUCCCGCUGCCGGACCCCGCCGCUGCUCCCGGGUCUUCCACAGCCAGCCGCAAGCGGGCCGGGCCGUCCGACUCGCCCGGCCCUGCCGCCGACACCGACGGCGCCAGCCAGUCGAAGCGAGCAAGAGUAGUGAGCCCCUCGAAAGGUGACCGCGGUGAUGCCGCUGCAACUGCCGGCCCCGCGGCUGACCCACUUGCACCUGUCAAGGAUCUCAAUGCGUUGGGCCCCUCGGGUGGCAGCUUCCGGGCCGCUGCAACGCCGCGAGCCCAUCGAAUGGCUGUCCGCAAUCCUAGCUCGCGAGCAACAGACGGAAGCGUUCCGCGGUACGCGGACAGAGCGAUCCCGCCGAAGCCCUACGACGAAGGCGAGAAGCGGAUGCGGGACCACCUCGUCGCUCUCUUCGCUGAAGACGACGCAGCCAAGGCCAAGGGCCCGCCCGUACUGGCUCAGAACGGCACCAACGCCGCCGCCACAGAGCGGGAGGUCGGCGCGGUUGACUCGCGCGCCGAUGCAAAGCCGGCAGCCGGAGGACCUGCGGAACCCGAGAGCUACGAAGCCAAGCUCGACAAGUUGCUGCAGGAGCUCAAGGAGAAGGCGAGCCUCGGCGGUCUCGGCGGCGGCGGCUCCGAGGGCCCCAAGCCCACACUCGAUCUCGUCACCGACGACCACGGCCACACUGCGCUCCACUGGGCCUCGGCGCUGUGUCGGCUGCACCUGGUCAGGAUUCUCACCGCCCGCCCGGUCACAGAGGGGGGCGCCAAUGUGCACGCGGGCAACCACGCAGGAGAGACGGCGCUGCACCGUUCGGUGCUGGUGACAAACUCGUACGAUGCCUCGUCGUUCCCUGCGCUGCUGCAGUUGCUCGCAGUCUCGCUCAACACGCGCGACUUCAAGAAGCGCACCGUGCUCCACCACAUCGCGCUCGUCGCCGGGCUCAAGGGCAGGGCUGCCUCGGCGCGAUACUACAUGGCAUGCGUGCUCGAGUUCCUCGCCACUGCGGGAUCCAAGGGCGGCGCGAGCGGCUAUGCCGGUCUUGUCGACGCGCAAGACGAAGACGGCGAGACGGCGCUCGGCAUCGUCGCGCGGCUGGGCAACGCCAGCAUGGUGCGGAUGCUGCUCGACGUCGGUGCCCGAAAGGACCUGCCCAACGCGCUCGGCAUCCGGCCAGCCGACUGGGGCAUCGAAGGGGGCGAUGCAGCUGCUCCUACUGGCGCCGGCCGACUGCCGCCCGCGACGGCCCACGAGCUUGCUACGGCGUUGCCGCACGACAUUGUCGCAGCGCUCGGGAGGCCGGCGCAGGGUCCCGUGCUCAAGAGCUCGGACGUGAAAGAACGCAUGGGUGCUGCGCUCGAAGAGGUGCAGGUGGCGUUUGAGCGUGAGCUCAAGGAGAAGCAGGACGCCGUCGACGUGGUGCAGGGUCACCUGCAUGCGGCCACGCGCGACCUCGCAGCACGCCGGCGCAACGUGUCUGCCGCUCAGGCGCGCGUGGCGGAAAAGGACGAGGCCAAGCAGCGGGUGCGCAACCUGCGGCGGGCGCUGGGCGAGCACCUGGGCGUGUCGCACGAGGACGCCGUAUUCCAGCAAAAGGCUGACGCCUUGGUGCGGCUGGCCAACGAGCUGCGGGACCAGAAGCCCAAGUCGUCGCCGGUCGAUGGUAAUGGCGCAAGCGCCUCGGCGGACGAGCUCGAGGUGCCGCUGGCCUCGGUCCACGCCGACAUGCAGGCGUCCAAGGUCGAGGAUGAGCAAGAGGCGGUCGAGGUCGAGGAGCUGGUUCGGCUGCGGUGGCUGGUGCAAUGGUACGGCCAGUCGUGCGACGAGCUGCAGCACCGCAUCGAGGGCCUCGAGGGGGCGUCGGCGACCAAGGAGAAGCAGUGCCAGCAGGUGGUGGCCAUGUGCGCCAAUGUGCCGCAGGACAAGGUCGAGAGCAUGCUCGACGAUCUGCUGACGGCCAUGGAGUCGGACGGGCAGGAAGUCGACCUGGCGAGGGUGGCCAACUUUAUGCAGAAGGUGGGCAAGAUCCCAUCGUCGGGCGGCGGUGCGCCGGCGCCAUCAGGGCCCGCAGCGGCUGCAUCAGCAGCAGCCCGUCCGUCGUCACGCCCGGCCACGCUCACGCCGCCGCUGCCACCCCCGGCGGCGUAG